UUUUUCCACACCACAGAUGCCGAAGACCCAAGCUCAUAGCCUGAAAAAUUACAAAGUGGUCUUGUGGGCACUAGGACCCGGGAUUUUCUAUAUCUAUAUGCACUUUUUUUUUUCAUUCUGCUCUGCAGGACCAAGCUGUGAGAGGCAGAGCUAAAACAAACAGCUGGGAACAGUGCGCCGGCUGGAGAAACUGGCUGCAGCAUCGCAUCUUGUCUCAUCUUGCUAGAAGGGGAAGAAAAAGAAAAUAAGCAACAGACAAGAGCAGGUUUAGGGCUCGUGCAUCUCUCCAUUCCAACCCCCUUGAACACUGUUCCCAGCUGCUGCAGCCAUCAGAUUCAGCCCCGCAUGUCUAGUGGUCAGAAUGAGGAGGGUGAGGGCCAAUGCGAUCGCCAUCCUGACAGUCGCCUGGAUCCUAGGCACCUUCUAUUACCUGUGGCAGGACAACAAGCCCCAUUCGUCCUCGGCAAGCAGUUCGGCAGCCGGCAGCAGGCAUGGACAGCGACACGCAGCAGCCCGCAUCGAACUCCAUAGGGAUGACAGGACCAUUCCCCUCAUUGUCACUAAAAUGCCCUCAGCUGACAGGACCAAAGCAAAGGGCUUUGAUGAGCAUGCCUACCUGUCCCCUAAACUGUUGAAGCCUGGUGAAGAUCCAUACAGACUGCAUGCCUUUAAUCAGCAGGAGAGCGACAAGCUGAGCAGUGACAGGCCAAUACGGGAUACCAGGCAUUACAGGUGCACUUCUAUUCACUAUGAUACCAACUUGCCAGCCACAAGCAUCAUCAUCACAUUCCACAAUGAAGCCCGAUCCACCCUUCUCCGUACUGUGAAGAGUGUGCUGAAUCGUAGCCCUCCAAGCCUUAUCCAGGAAAUCAUUCUGGUGGACGACUUCAGUGCUGAUCCUGAUGACUGCCAAUUGUUAUCCAAGAUUCCAAAAGUCAAAUGUCUGAGAAAUUCCCGGAGAGAAGGACUGAUCCGCUCACGUGUUCGUGGAGCUGAUGCCGCUGUAGCAGAUGUCCUGACCUUCCUUGAUAGCCACUGUGAGGUGAACAAUGAGUGGUUACAGCCCAUGCUUCAGAGGGUGAAAGAGGAUUCCACGCGGGUGGUGAGCCCCAUUAUUGAUGUCAUCAGUUUGGACAACUUUGCUUAUCUGGCUGCAUCUGCAGAUCUAAGAGGAGGAUUUGACUGGAGUCUGCAUUUCAAGUGGGAACAAAUUCCAAUUGAGCAGAAGAUGUCAAGAUCAGAUCCAACACAGCCAAUCAGAACUCCUGUGAUUGCUGGAGGUAUCUUUGUAAUCGAUAAGGCCUGGUUCAACCACCUGGGAAAGUAUGACACACAGAUGGACAUCUGGGGUGGAGAAAACUUUGAACUCUCCUUUCGGGUGUGGAUGUGUGGAGGCAGCCUAGAGAUCAUUCCCUGCAGUCGAGUGGGACAUGUUUUUAGAAAACGUCAUCCAUAUGACUUUCCAGAGGGAAACGCCCUAACUUACAUCAAGAAUACUAAGCGAACAGCUGAAGUUUGGCUGGAUGAAUAUAAGCAGUACUAUUACAGUGCACGUCCUUCAGCCUUAGGAAAAGCCUACGGGAACCUGCAGGAUCGUGUGGAGCUCCGAAAGCAGCUGAACUGCAAAUCCUUCCACUGGUACCUCGAAAAUGUUUAUCCAGAACUCAAAAUUCCUGAAAAGGAGCCUGCCCCUAUUGGCAUUGUCAAGCAGGAAGGAAAUUGCCUAGAGACACAAGGACUGGAUAACAUGGGAAAUGUAGUUGUUGAGCUCACAGUGUGCAGAGGACUAAGAGGAAGUGUAUCACCAGGCCAGGAGUGGACUUUCAGUGAACCUCAUAUAAAGCAACAUGACCGAUGCUUGUCAGCGAAGUCCUCCUCAGUAGGAUCACAGGUGGUACUGGAGCCCUGCAACCAGAAAGAAGGCAGACAGAAAUGGAAGUUGAAAGGAUCCCUAGUUCAGAACUUUGCCAGUGGACUGUGCUUGGACAGCCAAUCUACAAGAGUGCAGAUGAGUACUUGCUCUUCAGACCAACCCAGCCAGAGAUGGGAACUCCUGCAAGCCACAUGAUGCAAGGCACAAAAAAGCUACUACACUUGUUUGCAUGGAACUUAAAAAAGUGCUGAACUCAUUUCUGACGCAUAUUUCUAUUGCAGUAAAACUUCAAAACAGACCACCUUUAGUAGUUUUAUAAAUGUUUUUGAAGGGGUACAUCUUUAAGGGUCAUUUUACAUGUUUCUGAACUGGCAUUUGUGUUAGCAUCACCUCCUCCUCCUCUUGAGAUCACUCUGUAAGGGAUGAGCUUAUCAAUUAUUGAAGCAUCGUUGUGCUUAUAGUGAGGAAGCUGUGACCAGAAUGCCAAAAGCUUUCAGUGCCAUCUAUCCUGCAGGGAUCAUCUCAGUACUUGUGUAAAAGAUUAGACCCAGCUGAUAUAGUUCUGGCAGCAGCCCCUAGCACUGUCCAUCAUUAUCUGGAUAUGUUACUUUUAUGACAUUGCUGAAUGAUGAUGAGAAAACUAUUUUGCUGGUGGUUUUCAUCUUUCAGAAAAAGAAAAUAUUUUAAGAGUAUAUUAUCAUAUUAGAAUGUAUUUCUGAAAAUUCAUUGUUACAAACUGGAGUUACCUUUCUGCUUUUGGACAACAGCAAUGCCUCAGAGCUGCUUUCAGCUCAUGCAAUGACUUUUUACAUUUUGACAUAAUGUUCAUAUCCCACAGGUCUGCCUGGAAGCUGAAAGAACUGUACUUGUCAUUUUCCAUGUCUCAGUCAUUCCAGACUUCACACAUUCUCUGAAAGAGUGGGCUUACUGGGAUAUGAGAGGCUAUGAUUUGCAGUCCAAGACCAUAAAUGCUGUGUGAAUGUCAAAGAAGUUGACAGGCUCUUAUGCUCUUCCCCAAUAAAUAAAUGGUAAUGCUGUCUAGAUUUGUUGUAUAGAGCAGAAAGAAAUGGGGAGGACACUUUUGUAAAUAAAUUGUAUUACUGGUUAAAGUGAAAUAAAAAUGUAAGUAAAACUU